UGGUCCUUCCGCCCCGCCGCCGCCAGGUCCCCCUCCCCUCACUCUCUCGGCGUUCCCAGGGCCAGCGGGGCCGUGCUGAGUCACGGCGGUCCGGCGCGACCAUGGCGGACUCCCUCAUGGGCGCGGGGGCCCGGGAGGCGCGAAGGGCCCGUGGCGGCUGUGGUUAAAGCCCUUCCCGGGGACGGGAGCGGGACUUCCAGCCGGGACGGUGGUCCCAGCCUCCGCAGCCUGCGGCUUCGGCGGCGCAGCUCCCGGGGAGGGAAGUCACGCCUCGGCCCUCCGUGGUGGGCAGCGGCGCUGGGAGCGCCUCAGACGGGCCGGGCACUGAUGUGGCUCGAGAAUUGCGUUUGGGGAGUGUUUCGUGGUUUUCUCCGUGAUUUUAACUUUGAUCUUCCCUCUUGUCACGUCCCCCAGAAUUCCAGAGGCACUGCUUCUCUGUUGAAGGAUAGUAUCUCAUUUACAGAAGUUUCGUCUUCAGGGCUAUUUGAAGGUCAUGAUCUUCUGCGCAGAGGCUUUACAAGUGUGAAAAGUGAAUUGCUGCCCAGCCACCCACUGCAGUUGACAGAAAAGAACUUCCAGUUAAAUCAAGAUAAAACAAACUUUGCCACACUGAGAAACAUCCAAGGAAUCCAUGCACCUUUAAAGCUGCAGAUGGAAUUCAGAGCAGUGAAACAGGUCCAGCGUCUACCAUUUCUUCACAGCUCAAACAUGGCAAUGGAUAUUUUGAGGGGAAAUGAUGAAUGCAUUGGUUUUGAGGAUAUCCUUAAUGGUAAAUAUAUUCUGGCUGUAAUGCUAUGGAAACAUUUAAAGUUAAAAUUUGGGAACUGUGAAGUUCUUUGCCUCUACUGAACAAAAGAAUUAAACUCCCAAAAUACAAAGUACAAAAUUAAAUCCUAAAAGCAAAGAAGCAUUGGGGAAGGAGAAAUAAAUAUAAUUCAGCUGUAAGUUAUGUGAAAUAUUGAUCAAGACAGUAUUUGCUUGUAGGCUGGGUUUCUAAAGGUGUAGAUUAUGCAUGUAGGUUGCAUGCCUCUUUCCUCAGAAAUUUCUAAAAUACUCGUGCAGAUUUUGUCAAGCAGAGGUACAAAGUUUUGUAAGUUCUGUGAUUAAGAGGAAAUGUUAGAGAAGAGGUACAGAACUAAUGAAACAGAUACUUAGCAGGGGAAAGGGUUCCUCAAAUGAACUCAACAGGCUGCUCUUGUGUGGUAGCCUUUGACUAUUAGUAUGUGUGGAAUAGAAUAAACCUGGAAAAAUUACUUUUGAACAAAUUAUUUCCAGCUGGUACUUGAGGACAUGGAAGGAGGCAGAGAGAGUAUUUUGAAGUGGGAUUGGAGAAUGGAAAUAGCUGGGGAGAUAGGAAGCUGGAAAUAAGACAAAUCUGAAUCUAAAGGCAUGGUGUAAAUCUGGGGUUAUUUUCUGAGACAGAUAUAUAGGGACCCAGGGAAGGAAUCUUGGGCUAUUGUGGUUCCACAAGGGUAGAGCAAUGUCGAACGUAAUUUGUAGAAAUUUGGUUAUUUACCAUUGCUCACAACAAGCUGUUAGAUUUUUUAUAGAGUGCUGAGGAGUGAGUGGGUUACAAGUGUUUUUGGUAAGGCUUUAUUUAUCAGGGAGUGGACUAAAUAUUUUUGUUAUCUCUGGAGGAAUCAGAGGCAUUAAUAUGUCUUAUUUAUUGAAGGAAAACAUAAUUGAUGCACCCAUAAAGAAAAAUAUUUCUUCCAAACAGUCACAACUUGUGUUCUGGCCCUGGGAUUGUUUUUUCAUUUGUUGUAAUUUUUUUUAAAUUUUAUUUUUUUUUUGUAUAGAAAAGAAGUUCAUACUGACUGUAUUGGUGUCUCUUGUGUCCUCUCCACAUUCCUUGGUGUAGCCUUUGAGUACAGUAGCUAAUGUCAACCAUACUUUACAGAAUGAAGGAAAUCUCAGAGGUAUUUAGGCAUGUAGAAUUUCUGUGAAACUAGGCAGUUGGGUGGAGAAGAGAAAUCAGGAGUAUGUCCCAGCUUACAGAAGGGAGGACUGUGAGCACCUGUUGUGCAGAGAAGUUGUGUUGGAAAGAGGUGUAGGGCAACUAUGGAGAAAAACUUCAGUCAGACUCGAGUUUUUUCAAAUGCUAAACUUGAAAUGUAAUCCCUUUGAGACUUGGGCAGUUGGAGUCUGUGCGUAUGCAGAACUGGUUGAUUUUACUUGAAAUGUGUGUGUGUACUUAUGAUAAGCUGUUCCACAAUGUAUAUGUUUGUUCUCUGAUCAGUGCUUUGGAUAGAGGCUUCUGAGUUACAUAUCUUCACUCUGCAACACUGUCAAAAAUCGGUCAAGUAACUGUUGCACUAGCAUUAUAAUUAAAAUAGAUAUUGACUUUCA